AUGAAGGCGGCACUUCAACGACAACUGAACAAACAUUGAACAUGGGCGUCUGACUUUCUGAAGGAGUUGAGGACUGCUUACACAGAGGCCACCAAUGGCUUCCUCUGUCGCCCUCGCCUCGAGUAGACUUCGCCUUGGAAUGCUGAAAAUAAGGAGCUCUGUGGUUGUCGUCUCACGACCUUACUCCAGAAGCCACACAUACUCCAGCGCGUCAAGAUCACAGUAUGUGGCCGCAAGACCCCAUCCGUCAUCUCCGCAGCCACCAUGGCUCUCUCGCAUUCUCAAAGAUACCAGUUCACCUCCCAAAGUCUACUCAUGGUCGCCCAGGCCUCUUCCAGCCUCCCACAGCUCAGAUCCAAGGAGAAUACACAUUCUUGGCGUCGGGAACAUGGGACGCCUCUACGCGUCUCAUCUCAGGAAACACGCAGAGCUACCGCCAGUUACCUUGGUCCUCCAUCGACCAGAUCUCCUGAAAACGUGGACAAGCAAUCCCGGGAUCGAGAUCACCCGCCCUGACGGGCUCGUCGAGAGAACCACCGCUGGUCUGGACGUAGAGUACUGGACGACAUCGCCGCCUGAGCACGGGUACUCAAGGGAGAUCUCCCCGGUGAGAAAUCUCAUCAUCGCCACAAAAGCGUCAGUCGCCCUACCCGAAGCUGAUAAGCUCCGUGGCUAUCUCGACGCGCAGAGCACCGUCGCCUUUGCGCAGAAUGGCAUGUCCAAGCUGUGGCCACCCCACGGCGCCAUGUACACAUCCCACCGCUACGGCGAGGAGCACACGCCGAACUUUGCCCACUGCAUCACUACGCACGGCGUCAUCUCGCUGGGCGAUUUCAGGUCGAGACACGCCUCGCUGGCUGACGCGAAGGCAGGUCUCGUCCUCCCGGGGGCCAGGGCGGCCGAGGCAGAGUACCUGCUGGACACGAUCACCUCUGCCCCGGGUUUGCUCUCGAGGAGGGUCGACAGGCAAGACUUGUGGGUGUUGCAGUUGGAGAAGCUGGUGGUCAACUCCAUCAUCAAUCCUCUGACGGCCAUCCUUCGACAGAAGAAUGGCGUGCUCUUUGACGACGAGCAAGGCAUCCUGUCACGCGUCAUGGACAGGUUGCUCCACGAGACGUGUGCCGUCUAUCAAUCUCUGCUGCAGCACGACAGUACGACACCACUUCUGGCGUCGGAGGCUGGCGACGUGGAUGCUGCGAGGGAAAUACUCUCAGAGCGAUUCCGGUUCGAGAACUUGAAAUCCAUGCUCUGGAGCGUUGGCUAUCGCGUCGGCGAGAACUCGAGCUCCAUGCUGCAGGACGUCCAAGCCGGCAAGAGCACCGAGAUUCGUGAUUUCAAUGGCUGGAUUGUCGACAUGGCCAGCUUCCUUGGCGGCGGUCUUGACACGUUGGCAAAUCAGCGCCUGAUCGACUUGGUGGAGGAUGGCCAAGUACUGGACGCACUUGCGCUCGCUGACAGGGUCCUGUCAAGAUGACAGUUCCAACGAUAAAUGACUUGACAUGUACGGUGAUCCACAAAGUUCAUCUAUUCGAAAUGUGCCAGGCAGCCAA